GUGUGUGUGUGAGACUCUGUUAACUAUUUGACAUGAUUAUUAACUUACUAACAGACUGAAUUUCAGACAGUUUCAUCUGUCUCUGUCUAUCUGUCUGUCUGUCUGUCUGUCAUAGACUUAAAUCCUAAUCCUUAAAUCUAACUAUUAAAAAACUGUCUGGUUUGUAUCAACAAUUUAUAUCAGAACAUAAUGAACUAAUUUUGUAAUUGUAAUAUUUGGAUAUAUAUUUGUAUGUUUGUACACAGUUUUUUUCUGUGCCACAGAUGCUGUCAAAAGAGCACGAUUUGUGUUUGAAUCUCCAGAGUAGAUAACUGAAUGUGUGAGGGGAAAAUACAGAUGUUUUGACUCAUAUGCCAUUAUGAAAUAUCACCACCCCGUGCCAUCUUUCCAGGGCUUUAUUAGCAUAAUGCUGAACCGAUCUCCAUAGAUCUUUUGUCUUGUUAAAGGUCAAGCCUGUUGAACUCCACAGUGCCGUCGUUGUCUUGAAGCUGGACUCUAACAGAAUGACUGAAUUCUCUGAUUCCUCUGUGUCCAUCAAGCUGCCAAACAGUUGUGUCACUGUGGGUGGAGCAGACCCAUGAGCCCCCAUCUCAUCCCGCUGAACUCCCUACUGCUCAUUGUCAACAGUGUGCUCACAGAAAAUUAACUUUUAGAGCCACUGACUUGUGAUUCACGAGAUCUGAAAAGUAAUCAAAAUGCUUUCAUACUACAUGUAGAUAAGAUUUUACUAGAUACUGGUGCUAAAUUUACCAUCAAGAUGCUGGAGUGUUGUAGAUGAUUUCUAGAAUGCUGCUGUGUGGUUGCUGAGGUUUUUAAGUAUACUGUAUGUGAAGAAAUGUAUAUUCCCUUCUGUCAAAGUUAAUGAAAGCAUCCAAAAAAAUAUGAAUCUCAGAUAUUUUGCUCAUGCUGAAUUUGCGUCAUCAGCAGUUUGCUUAUACUGUCAAUUUUUUUCAGUGUCCUAAAUUACAGCUCUGCCUUCCGUGUUUAGUUUACAACCUCAAACAUUGGAUUGUUUGCUUUAGGCGGAGAGAGAACUUAAAGUUUGGGAGUGGUAGCAAAGGAAACCACAUACAGGGAAUCUCUCUGACGCUCAGUUGUAUUUAUAUAUAUAUAUAUAUUUUUUUUUUUAUUAUUUGUGUUUUUUGUUAGAGGUUUCCAAAUAAUUUACUAUCAUGGCACUUGGUAAGGCACUCAGAGAAGGAAAUAAGCAGGCUCAGAUGGAAGAGGCUCCACGUGUUCCUGGAGAAACCAUUAAAGCUAUUGUCAAAGAUGUCAUGUAUAUCUGUCCGUUCUCUGGGGUUGUGAGAGGAACACUUACCAUCACUGACUACAAGCUCUUCUUUAAAAGCCUGACGCGGGAUCCUCCAUUUGUGCUGGAUGUGAAUCUCGGAGCCAUUAGCAGACUGGAGUCUGUCGCCGUUCAGAGUCACGGAGACAACACUCAAGGACUUGAGAUAGUUUGCAAGGACUUGAGAAACCCCCGGUUUGCGUACAAGAAGGACGGACAGAGCAAUUUGGAGGUGUUUGGCAUACUGUCAAAGUACGCAUUCCCUCUCUCCCACAACAUGCCUCUUUUUGCCUUUAAGUACCGAGAGACAUUUCCAGAAGAUGGCUGGAAGAUCUACGACCCGGUCGCUGAGUAUAAGAGGCAGGGUCUUCCAAACGAGAGCUGGAUCAUCAGUAAAGUCAACAGCAGUUAUCAACUGUGCGAGACGUAUCCCGCUCUGCUGGUUCUGCCUUCAAACGUCACAGAAGAUGAACUGAAGAGAGUGGCAGCCUUUAGGGCCAAACGCCGUUUCCCAGUGCUGUCCUGGAUUCACCCUGAGAGUCAGGCCACCAUAGUGCGCUGCGGUCAACCGCAGGUGGGUCCAUCAGAUCGCCGCUGCAGGGAGGAUGAGCGGUACCUGCAGACCAUACUCGACGCCAAUGCUCAGUCUCACAAGCUCUGCAUCUUUGAUGCUCGCCAAAGCACUGUGGCUGACACUAACAAAGCCAAAGAUGGAGGAUAUGAGAAUGAAAGUUUCUACAUUAAUGUGGAGCUAAACUUUCUGGAGAUCCCCAACAUACACGUGAUGAGAGAAUCCCUGAGGAAACUCAAGGAGGUGGUAUAUCCUGCUAUCGACCAACAACGCUGGUUCUCAUCUGUGGACUCUACGCACUGGCUGGAAUACAUCAGGCUCUUGUUAGCAGGUGCGGUGCGCAUCGCAGACCGAAUCGAGUCGGGUAAGACGUCAGUGGUGGUGCACUGCAGCGAUGGAUGGGACCGCACAGCUCAGCUCACCUCUCUGGCCAUGCUCAUGCUGGACGCGCACUACCGCUCGCUCAGGGGCUUCCAGGUGCUUCUGGAGAAGGAGUGGCUGAGCUUCGGACACCGCUUUGCCUCACGUGUGGGACAUGGAGAUGGGAAUCAUGCAAAUUCUGAGCGCUCACCUCUCUUUGUGCAGUUUAUCGACUGUGUCUGGCAAAUGACCCGGCAGUUUCCUUCUGCAUUUGAAUUCAAUGAGCUGUUUCUCAUCACGGUGCUUGAUCACCUGUACAGCUGCUUGUUUGGGACGUUUCUUUACAACAGUGAGCAAGAACGAGUCUCAAAGGAGGUGUACAGCAAGACCGUGUCUCUGUGGUCGUAUGUGAACAGCCAGCUUGAGGAAUUUACCAACCCACUGUAUGUGAACUACGAGCAUCAUGUUUUAUACCCAGUAGCCAGUCUGAGACAUCUAGAGCUUUGGGUCAGUUAUUAUGUGCGCUGGAACCCUCGCAUGAGGCCACAGGUUCCUGUUCAUCAGAGUCUAAAGGAGUUGUUGGUCCUGAAGUCAGAGUUGCAGAAGCGAGUGGAUGAGUUAAAACGAGAUGCAGCUUCAUCACAUUCUCUCUCGUCUUCCUCAGAGCAUGAAGGCAUGCACAUGCAGACUACUGUCUGAGCAUAUCUUAUUAACUUGGUCAAAAAGCAUUAUAUUUGUUCCGAUCUCUGUUGUCACAGUUGGACAAUAACAAUGUUUACAUAUGUUUGAUAAGAUCUUAGUUUAAGUCUUUGAAUAAUAACCACUGUGUGGUCAUUGGUGCCCCCUAAAGGCCAUAAAACCACUGUCCAAAUAGCAUUAUGGUUCAACAAACAUUUUACAUAUGUGACCCUGGACGACAAAACCAGUCAUAAGUAGCACAGGUGUAUUUAUAGCAAUAGCCAACAAUACACUGUAUGGGUCAAAAUAAUUGAUUUUUCUUUAAUCCCAAAAAUCAUUAGGAUGUUAAGUAAAGAUCUUGUUCUAUGAAGAUAUUUUGUACAUUUCCUGUAAAUGUUUAGCGUAAAUAUAUCAAAACUUAAUUUUUCAUUAGUGAUAUGCAUUGCUAAGAAUUUUAUUUGCACAAUCUUAAAGGCGAUUUUCUUAAUAUUUAGAUUUUUUUGCUCCCUCAGAGUCCAGAUUUUCAAAUAGAUGUAUCGGCCAAGUAAUGUCCUAUCCAAACAAACCGUAAAAAAAGCUUUCAUUUAAUUUAUUCAGCAUUCAGAUGAUGUAUAAAUCUCAAUUUUCAAAAAUUCACCCUUAUGAUGGUUUUGUGGUCCAGGGUCACAUGAAAUUUCUGUGCAUAAAUUUGUGAAGGGUAUUUUAAUUUUAUUACAUAUUUUUGGGAACGUUUUUUUUUAAAAACUGGUAGUUUAUUUUCACAUCUGAGUUUCAUUGAGAGCUGAGUUUAAAGAAAGCCUAUUCCAGGAGGAUUUUUUGGUUAAAUCUUGAUGACAACAAUAUUUUUUUUUUCCAAAACUAAACAGUCUUUGUACAAAAAAUGGGCUGAAUGUUCCAGUUGCUUUAGCAAAAAUGUUCUUGUUCUUAUACAAGAAUUACUCCUCAACACUGAUUGAAGUGUAACAUGCUUCAAAAUCAUGCAUAAUGUAAAAUGUGUGCAUAGAUUUGCUCUGUGGUCCCGAGUGACAUAUUUGUGUAUAGAAACCGCCACCUUCAGAUAAACUAUUAUUAUUUUAAAUACAUUUCAAUAUUAUUAUGCCAUUGUAAGGUUUACUAAAAGUUGCCUAAUGCGUACAUAUUUUAUUUUCUUAAUGUUUGUAAUGCCUUUUUUUUAAACGUGUUAUAGUAAUUUUAUAAUAAAUUUCUAAUUUCUUAUAAGCUUCAAUUUGUAAUAAUCAAGUAUGUUAAAAUGUUUAAAACUACAUUUUGUUGUAUAAAUAAAAAAAUCUUACAUAUUGUGUUAUUUCUGAUGCUUUUUAUAAUCCAUAUCUCAUUUCUGAUUUUUCCAUCUGCACAUUUGCUGUAAAUUAGACAAAAUAUUAAUAUUAAAAACAAACAAACAUGGGUUCAGAGUACAUGUAAAUGCAAACGCAUUUCAAUAUUACUAUGCCAUUAUAAGGUGCACUUAAAGUUGCCUAAUGUGUAUGUAUUUUAUUUUCUGAAUGUGUUUGUAAUAUCCAUUAUUUAUAAGUGUUUUGUAGUCAUUUUAUUAAAAAAUAAAUAAAUAAACGAAUUUCUUAUAAGUUUGAAAUUGUAAUAAUCGAGUAUGUUAAUAUGUUUAAAACUACAUUUUGUUGUACAAAGAAUAAAAAAUAUCUUACAUGUGUUA